AUGCGUCGUCUGCUUAUUCUGCUAGGCGCCGCCGCGCACGCGCAGAUCACGCUCUUUGAGCUUCCGGCGUUCCGCGGUCGGUCCCUCUUGCUCGCCAGCGACGUCGCCAACGUCUCGAGCCUCUUAUCCGGCCACAGCGCGGUGCAGUCGCUCGCUAUUGACGGCUCUUACAUUGUCACAACAUUCGACCAGGUCGGCUUUCGGGGCCAGCGCGCCGAGUGGCGGUACUCGACAAGCUUUACAGCAGCGUGGACGCAUCGCAUCCGGUCGCUUCGCGUGACGAAUGCCAGUGCUAGCAUCGAAGCGCCGCCGAGUGCACUCGACUGGAAGUUUGCGGCGACCCGCGACGGCUUUAUCAUGGUGCGCAACUCGACGACGAGCGCGCACCUCUACGACUUGCUCGACCACAACGACGACAUCGAGCGCCUCCGCCCGGCGCCAUGCGGCCCACUUCGGGUUCAGCACUGGAACAACACGGGGUAUGGGCUGCACGAGUGGUGCGCUAAGGCUCGUUUUGGCCUCAGCUCGAGCGGGCGCCACGGCUGGCAUUACAUCCCGGCACGAGAUCCCAGCGGCAUCGUCAUCAAGGUGCUCGACGAAUCGCUGUGCGUCCAGGCGCGGACCAGCGCGUGCGACUCGUUCCCGUCCGCCGAGGUGGCCGAUACGUGCGCACGCGCGCUGCUGUGGAGCAACGAGAACGGUACGUACGACCUCGACGCGUUUUACCAGUAUGGGCAUUUGUCCGACCACACCGGGCCGUCCAACUUUAUUGAGUCUUUUGUCUUUGGCUUCUUGGUGGCGUCGACGCUCCUGGUCGUGCUUGCCGUCCUCGUCGUCAUCCGCCUUCGCGCCAAAGCCAGUCGCGACGUCGAUGCGACCUACUGCUCGAGCUGCAACGAAUUCGACGAGCCACAGGCGCCGUACACAUAGCUGUUGAUCGAUCGGCGUACCUGGCGACCUUCUUUGUAUUGUCCAGUGUCAGCAGGCGUGUGUUUUACACAUGCAAAUCAACGUGCGUGUGCUAAAUGUGAGAAACGUGAAAUACGUGUGAUUUGCAUGUG